AUGGCAGAGUCGAGCAUUUCCGUUUCUGUCAAUGUGGAAACAAUCUACCUUGGCGGAAAGUUGGGAGCUGCAGCACUUUGUCCUGAAGAUCCGAUUCCUUGUGUUGAUGAUUUAGCGGAUCAGAUUCUUGAAGUUCUAAACUAUUUUGGGCUUGGUGCAGUGAUGGAAAUUGGCGGGAGAGCUGGUGCUUACAUCCUCACCUUGUUUGCUGUACAGUUUUCAUAUCAGUUUCAACAAUGGGCUUGUGGAUCAAUGGUGACGGAGGAGCAGCCGCAUGCAAUAUUAAUACCGAUGGAGUAUUUUCUCAUGCGGUACGGACUGUAUCGAGCAAAUAAGGUUAGUAGUCCUCUUUCUCGCACUGCGCCUGAGCUUCUCUAUCCAGAAAGCAUGGGACUCAAGCUCAAACCAAUCAAGACUCGUGUCUCUACACAAAGAUGA